ACCAACAGAAACCUGUUUCACCUGUUACUCUCUCAAUCUGUUUAUCAUUCUCAGGGUAUAACGUGUCUUGACUAGCUGGGAUUUUUUUUUCACAAUGCAAAUGAUUGUCUAGAAUGAAGGAAGUCCCGUAAUACCUUUGCUGUCUCUAGACGUUAUAGUAGCACGUUCUUUCGCAGUGGUUCCAUGACACUUUGAGAACUGAACAGAAUCUACAUUCUCUGGCUUGGUGCACUUGGCACAGCUUUAAAGAGGCCAUGGAGGUGCUUGUUCUUCUAGACUUCGAGUCGACUAUGGAAGACGAGUUGACUGUGCACGUGGGGGACGUGGUGAAGAAUGUCUCCAAGGCCAAAGAGGAAGGAUGGCUGGAAGGAGAGCUGAGAGAGAAGAGAGGAAUAUUCCCUGCCAACUUCGCCAAGGAAGUGCCUAUUUAUUUAAUAGGGGACAGCAACAGAGUGCCAAGAAGCAUUAGAAAAUCAAAGAAAGCAAAUUUGCAACAGAGGAGAUGCGAGGUGGUGCAUGCCUACAAUGCCGUGCAUGAGGAUGAGCUGGAACUGGUUGUUGGGGAGACCAUAGAGAUCCUCAGAGAGAUUGAAGAUGGUUGGUUUAUGGGAAAGAAAAAUAACCAAAUUGGUGCCUUUCCAUCAAAUUUUGUGAAAGAAAUUUUUGUGCCUUUAAAAGAUUGCAAGAUAAUUGAAAGCAAAGCCAGGCCUAAACUCUCAGAAGCUGUCUUUAAAAAAGAGGGUAAAGUAAAGAGAGCCAGUUUACGGAGAAAAUCAAACGUGAAAGAAUGCUGUCAGGUCAUGUUUGACUACACAGCGGUUACUGAUGACGAGUUGAGCCUGAAGAAGGGAGACGUCAUAAAUAUCAUAAACAAGGCCACUGAGGACGAGGGCUGGUGGGAGGGGGAAGUAAACGGACGCAGAGGAUUUUUCCCCGAUAACUUCGUCAUGGUGAUCCCAGUGGAUGCCCUUCAUAUUGAAAAUGCUGCCUGCCCACCAGUAAGAGAAGGCUCUGAGGAAACAUUGAAUCAGAUACCAGCGAUGAACCAGAACAAUUUGGAAAUGAACACAAAGACAGAAACUAAAAGUGAGAAACCAGACACUAAAGACUUUCGAAGUGAGCCUCCUGGUAAAAUCAAGUUACCUGGUCUACACAAACCACCAGUUCCACCACCACCUGUGAAGGAGAAGCUCAUAAAAAUAGUUCCAAAAAAUGAAGAACCACCGCCUGUUUUAUCGAAACAGCCUCCUGUCUCGCCAAUACUGAAAGAGGUUAAAGAGAAGACCCCCGACCAAUUCGAUUGUGUAGAUGUUGCCUCAGAGAAACUGAACCAUCCUACAGCCAACAGAGCCAAACCUCCACAGAGAAGACCACCAACAGCCCUCGCCACUGCCACAAAUGUUACAGAAACUCCUUCUGCACCUUCCAGCAAGACUGAACAACCACCCAAGAUCACCUCACCAACCAAGACACAGAGUGAAGCCAAGCCUGUGAUUCAGGAGGAGAGCGCAUCACUCACCUCUGUGCUGACAGAACUCAAGGACCUCCGCAUGUCACUGGACCUUCUUAAAAAUCAACAUGUGAGAGACAUACAGGAGCUGAAAGAUGAACUGAAGGAUGAGAGAGAAAAGCGGAUGAGAUUACAAGAUGAAGUGGAGGCUCUGAGGAAGAAAUAGUGACCAUUAAAGGCCAGGCAUAUUUCACUACCCUCAGUGAUGCACCUCGCCAACUUGAAUGUGAAGAAUACAGAAAGACAAAGUUGGAAUUUUAAGGGAGUCGGUGUCUAAAGAUAGA